AGCCGCUCAAACCGACAACCUUUUAAAUGCUGGCAAAAUAGUAGAAUAUUCGCCUACAGAAUAUUUGCAUCUAUUUCUACGGCGAGAACAGCAUGGCUCGCAAUAUAAAAGGCAAGAAACGCGAACUUUCAACUCCAGAUCCGCCACCGAGCCGAGCGUCUACUUCUUCAUUGUCUCCUCCACCAGAGGAACAGGCAAAACCGAAACGAGCAAAACGUGCAGAAGUAAGAACAUGUCCGGUAUGUGAUGAAAAGAUACCGAUACGUUUGCUGGGAGCGCAUGCAAAGCUGGAGAUGAAUCGUGUUGAGGAAAUACUCCGAGGUGCUGGGCCGUCAGUGAUAACACUGGAUCCUGCAUCAGGACUAACGGCAGGUCGACGGGGCGCAGCUAUGAAAGCUCGACGUACCAUAAAUCCGCACGGAGAUCCGGAAAUGAGCACAAUUGAACAAAUCGAGAAGACACUAAAGCUACUUCAUCGCAAUCGGAAAAGCAGGAACGUGCGACUAAAAGAAAUUAUCGCACAAGACGAGGACGAGCGGCCGCGAGCGAAGAGUGGUUUAAGUAAUGAACUUGUCUGUCCAGUAUGCCUCAUGCUUGUCCGGGGGGACCAAGACGUAAUUGAUGCACACGUGGAUUCAUGCGUUGCAAAUGCUAGUCGGCUACAGGCGGAAGCGGAGGAACGUGAACGACUGGAUAGAGAGAGGACGGUACAGACGGACCCUUGGAGCGAAAUUGAGAUAGACGGCCAAAUUCGAGUCCAUCUGAAUGACGUGAGAGGACUCCGGGGAAUGGGUGUGCAUGUACGUGAUUCAACGCAGCUGGACGUGGACGAAGAAGUGGAUGUAGAUGGGGAUGACGAAUUUGGUGUUGCACAGUUCACCGAGCAGGAUGUUGUGGACCCAAAUUCUAGUCAAGAUAUAGACGUCGGAGGUGAUGACGAUGACGAAGGGGGGACACUGCGGGACUUGGUUGCAGAAGGGAAAGUGACCACUCGAAAAUUAGUCACACCAAAUCUUGACGGUGUGCGAGCAGAGGUUGAACAAGUCAUAGGUGUGGGCGAAACGGAUCAAAUGGACCAAGCUGUCGAAGUUGCGCGCAAGAGUGGCGAUACUGCAGCAUUGAUCGCCGCUCUGGAAAACAAAGUCAAGCAAUUAGAAACAAUGCGUGUUUCUUCGUCAACUUCGUUGCUUUGCAGAAUAUGCCUUGAUCCGUAUUAUGAGCCCACGGUAUCAACGGGUUGCUGGCAUACUUGCUGUAGGGGAUGUUGGCUCCGAUGUCUUGGUUCAACCAGAUUGUGUCCCAUAUGCAAACGUAUCACGGCCGCCACUGACUUGCGGAGGGUGUACUUGUAAUUGUGAUGAUUUGCUGCUGUCACCUUGUUUUGUUUUCUGCUUUCUCAUGUUUUUGCAAGCCAUUCACUAUAUCGAAUAUAAUUAGCAUGCUUU